UCAGCUUGAAUCUCGUUCUAGUCAUGCUUCCUUGAACCUUGACCCUUAAGUAACCUUCAUCGGUGUACAUGUGCGAAAACAGAGGCGACGCGCCGUCCGCGGAAGCUGUGUGAUAUUGUAAAAAUGGCUAAGUAUCUGGCGCAGAUCAUCGUGAUGGGAGCGCAGGUGGUGGGACGUGCAUUCGCUCGCGCCUUACAACAAGAAUAUGCAGCGAGCCAAGCAGCAGCGCGGGCCAGAGGCAGCACUGGUCAGCAGUCGGCUGCAGCCUCCAGCAUCACUGGGAUGAGCCUGCAAGAGGCGCAGCAGAUCCUCAAUGUCACCACACUCACGCCUGAGGAGAUUCAGAAGAACUACGAGCACCUUUUUAAGGUCAAUGAUAAGGCAUUGGGCGGUUCAUUUUACCUACAAUCAAAAGUGGUGCGGGCUAAAGAGCGUCUAGACGAGGAACUAAGUAUUCAGUCACAACAACAAAAGCAGCAGUCACAGCAGAAUACGGAAACAUGAAGUAUGACGUGAUGCUCGCCCUGUCUAUCCUCUCCCUGUCCUCUGUAAAUUAUAACCCAAUAAAAGCCUUCUCCUUUUCUCUAC